AUGUCGGACAAUCUUCACGAAGCUAUUGGGGCCAUGAGUAUUCGUGAUGAUGAUCCCAUCGAUUUACCUGACAAUCCAUGUUUCUCGGUCUUUGAGGAGAACGCCACGAGUCUUCUGGGUCGUCUGCUUAACCCGUCUUGUCAGCCAAUGGAUGAGAUGAUAGAGACGAUGCCUCGGGUUUGGAGGGUCUACAACAGAGUCAGAGGUAUAGCUCUAUCUAACGAACGCUUCCAGUUCAUGUUCCAAAGGGAGGAGGAUUUGGUAACGGUGCUAAACGACAGACCAUGGUCCUUUAACCAUUGGAUGAUGCUGUUGGAUCGUUGGGUUCCAAUUCCUCUGAAAGAUUUCCUGACAACAGUGGACGUCUGGGUUCGGAUCAGUCGGAUACCAAUGAAUCAUUAUAGGUUGGAAACGAUGGAUUUCUUAGCUAGCAAGGUGGGAAAGGCUUUCAUAAGAGCUCAAGUGAGAUUGGAUAUCACCCGGCCAGCUUUGGAGAAGAAGGUUCUAAAUCUUCCAUCAGGGGGGCAAGCCGUGAUUGAGUUUGAGUAUGAAAAGUUGAGGAAACGUUGCUUUCACUGUCUUCGGUUGACUCAUGAGAGACCCAACUGCCCUUACCUUCGGGAGAAAGUGAAACCAGUGUUUAAAGAGGUGGUAGUGUCCUCUAAUGGCGGAGCCUCUAACCUGAAAGACCUUGUUGGGACUGUUCCUCCACCAGGACCUGCGGUGCCGCCUGGUUUCUCUCCUAUGUUUCCACAAUUGGCGGAGGAGGAACGUAAUGCGGCAUUGUAG